CGGCCCGCCAUUGUCGGGGGCAUGGAGGGCGAGAGCACGUCAGCUCUGCUCUCGGGCUUCGUCUUCGGCGCCCUCGCCUUCCAGCACCUCAGCACCGACUCGGACACGGAAGGCUUUCUCCUUGGAGAUGUGAAAGGUGAGGCCAAGAACAGCAUCACCGACUCACAGAUGGACGAUGUGGAAGUGGUUUAUACAAUCGAUAUACAGAAGCAUAUUCCAUGCUACCAGCUAUUCAGCUUUUAUAAUUCUGCAGGAGAACUGAAUGAACCAGCCCUGAGGAAAAUACUGUCAGGCUGUAAGAAGAGUGUAAUAGGAUGGUACAAAUUCAGACGCAACACAGACCAGGUCAUGACAUUCCGGGAAAGACUUCUACAUAAGAACUUGCAGUCACACCUAUCAAACCAAGGCCUUGUAUUCCUGCUCUUAACUUCUAGUGUGAUGACAGAAAGCUGUUCAACUUAUAGGCUAGAACAUGCCUUACACCGGCCACAAGAAGGUCUCUUUCAGAAAGUUCCUCUAGUCGUUACCAACUUGGGUAUGGCAGAGCAGCAAGGUUACAGAACAGUGUCUGGUUCCUGUGCAUCUUCUCGCUUUGUGAGAGCAGUAAGACAACACAGGUCAGAAUUCUUUUAUGAAGAUGGAUCCUUACAGGAGGUUCACAAGAUAAAUGAGAUGUAUGCCACCUUGCAGGAGGAGCUGAAGAAAAUAUGCUCUGAGGUAGAAGUCAGUGAACGAUCUGUAGAGAAACUCCUAACAGAGGUGAGCCACUUAAAAGAAGAAAUCAACAGAAAAAAGCAACACAAGAUCUCUUCAGGAGGGAACAAAGAUCACCUAGAAGAACCAAAGGAGAAUGUUUUGCUUUGUCAGGCACUGAAAACAUUUUUCCCCAAUUCUGGACUUCAGACAUGUAUUGUUUCCUUCGAAGGAAGGAUCUCUAAGAACUGUUGUAAGAUUGACCAUAAUAUUAACAUCAUGGACAAAUUGACUCUCAUGGUAGAGGAAGGGGACUUCACUGAAGCUGAAACAAGACCAGUAACCAAGCGUAAAGUCAAAGACACCACAACAGGACCAAAAUCAUUUAAGAAAUUAAGAUCGCUGCAACCUGACCAAGAAUUACACCAAGAUGAAGACAACAGCAACCAAGAAACAAAACUUGCACUGAGUAACACUGAAACAGACGAGGAAGCAUUGGAAAAUCCCAAAGAUACAAAUGAAUAUUCAUACUCUCCCACUUUCUGAUCACUUAAUGAUUUGCCCAGAUGUAUUUGUACAAAAAGCAAUUGCCAGCGUAUUAAAGUGACAUAAAUUACUGCACUAGAGGGAUGGAAACAGCUUACUGAGUUUUUGUAAAGUUACAAAGAUGUAUUUUUAAAUACUCAAAUCCUGUUUGGCCCAAGUCAAGCAGAGUCUAAAUGACAUUCCUUAAUUUUGCCUUGCAGAGUCAAGUCUGUAUACUCUAUCUCAGGGUUUUAAAACUAUGCUAGCAUUCCAAUAAUCUCACUUGAUGCCUCAGUGAUAGAACUUCAAGCUCCUACUGAAGAUUUCAGGACCACUCCAACAGUGAGCAUCUCCUCAGCAGGUGAUGUGCAGAACAUCAAAUUGGAUGUAUCUUAGAAAUAGCUGUUAUAUAUAACAAAGUUUUUAAUAUUUUUACUUAGCUAUCUGGUACUUAAUUGUCUCUUUCUGAAAUGGAAGGGAAAAAGUGAUCUUCAGCAAGACCUCUGGAUAAGUUUAGUGGUCUGUAUGUCUAGGGGGAAGAACAUUAACAACAAAUCAGUUCACUCCUUACACUCCCCAAGGGUAAACAGUCUAGAAUGAUAAUCCUCUCAACUCAGUAUCUAUCCUAAGGGGUGCACUCGUAUUCUCAGAGAAUACCACAUGUUGGUCCAUAGGGUGGCAGCAAGUUGGUCAGUGACAUCUCAUUGACCUGCACACCUGCAAUUUGGCAGAGAGGGUACCCAUUCUACCUCAGAGCUCUUUGGGUUUUUAGCCUCUUCACAGCAGAAUUUUGGCUGCCGGGGCAGCAGCUGGUUGUCAGGGGACACUUGUGUGGUUUAGAGCUACCUUCAGUUGUCAAGGGUACUUAAGUUUUGUUCAUCGGGGCAACAGCUCAUCCAUAGCACACCCCCCUCCCAUUGGUAAUCAGCAGCUGAACACACAGCUGUCACACAGUGGAAUGCUAGAUAUGCACAUUGACUGCAUGGUGGUCCUCUCCUCAGUGAGGAUCCCCACAAAUCAGAUUGAAUGCCCAGGAAGAGCAACAGCUGAAAAAGAUUUCUUGAUCACCCACCAGUAUUUCUCUUAUCACUGUGAUCAUGGUAACCAUGAAAGCUUACUCAACAGGUUACAUCUCAGAUAAAUGCCACUGAACAAGCUUUGAGCCAAAAAACCAUUCCAGCUAAUCAUACCAGUAGAGAAUAUUAAGCAUGAUUUUGUUUUAUUUUUAUUUCUUUACAGUAUGUUAUUCUCAAUACUUAACAUUACAAAUCUUGGGGUCUGUAAGAAAUGAUGGGUUCUUAAACAUAACUGGCAUAAAUCCUGUAAGAAAAUAAAAUGGAGGGUCUUUUUAAAUAAAGGAUGAGUGUGACUCACCAAA